AUGUGGAAUUUCACAGCUACACCAGAUUUGUAUCUUCAUGAGGAAGGUUAUUAUGUGGUUCGAUUUCACGAUGUUAAAGAUAUAAAUGAGAUUCUAUUCUCUGGCCCCUACAUUAUUCGAAAUCGCCCAAUUAUUCUGAAACCAUGGACUCCUGCUUUUGAUUUUAGCCAGGAGUUUAUGACUGAGAUACCACUGUGGGUUAAGUUCCUAAAAUUACCUAUGAGUUGCUGGGAAUGUGGUUCCUUGGGAAGAAUUGCUAGUGCAUUAGGGAAACCUUUAUUUGCUAAUGAGUGUACAACUAAGCAAACAAGGAUAUCAUAUGCUAGAAUGCUAAUUGAAGUGAAUGUGUCUAAACCACUGCCUGAAAAAAUUACAGUUAUGGAUCCAAAUGGACAAAUAUUUCAGCAGGAGGUGGAAUUUGAAUGGAAGCCCCAAUUAUGUCCUCAAUGCUUAACUAUAGGACAUAUAUUCUCUAAGAAGAAACCUGAACAACACUUGAUGAAGAGGCAAAUACAGAACAAGAGGAGAGGAGAACAAAAGAAGGUGGUUCAGGAAUGGAAGCCUAAAGAGGUACCAUCAACUAGCCAAACUAUUGACAAACAACAGCUGGAUCAUCUUGAAGUAGUUCAGCCUAGAGUAACUAUUAAUGAAGGCAAACUUCAACAACAAGAAGCUGACUCACAAAUUCAAGUAGUAACUCCAUAUGGAACAGUGCGGAAUGCCUCUAAAGGCAAGGAGAAAGUGCCAAGUUCGGAAUUGAACUUGAUCAACUUUCCACAGUCGAGUACUGCUAUGGCUAGCAAAUCUAAGACUGGGAAGAUUUUGUAUAUGCAAAGAGAGGAUCAGAGAACCAGACAAGCAAAACCUCCUGAUUUAAGAGGUAAUACAACUUCUCAAUGA